UCUCCUUGGUCUUCUCCUGUGGACAUGCCGAGGGUCGUGCAGAGGCUUUUAUUGUAAAGGCCUGAUCCGGAUCUAGUUGUCCUCACCAGGUCCAGUUUGAACGUCUCUAUAUUCGGGUCCCGGGCUCAAAGUCCGUCUCAGACUGAACCAUGUCCCCCCUGCUCCUGGUCUUACUUGGUCUCCUCGUCCUGGUCCUGCUGCGCGGACGAACCAGGAGGGUCGGAGAACCGCCGCUCAUCACCGGCUGGAUCCCGUACCUGGGAAAAGCUCUGGAGUUCAGAAAAGAUGCACAUGCAUUUCUGGAAGAGCAGAGGAGGAGGCAUGGAGACGUCUUCACUGUCUACAUCAAAGGUAACUACAUGACCUUCAUCAUGAACCCGUUAAUGUACCCCAACAUCAUCAAACAUGGCCGACAGCUGGACUUCCACAAGUUCACUAACGUGGUGGCUCCGUACACCUUCGGAUAUCCGCCCGUGGAUGACGUCAGGUUCCCGGGUCUCGGGGACAAGAUCAGCUCUUCCUUCCAUCUCCUCCAGGGGUCCAACCUCACCCUGCUGACAGAGAGCAUGAUGGCGAACCUGAUGGCGGUCUUCCGUCAGGACUACCUGAAUGAGGCUUCAGACCAUUGGAGGACGGGCCUCGCGUACGACUUCUGCACUUCGGUCAUGUUUGAGGCUACGUUCCUGACCAUGUACGGGCGUCCGCCAUCGGGCUGGCGCCAUCCCGGAAUGGGCCCCAUGAAGGAUGACUUCCUCCGCUUUGACACCAUGUUCCCUCUGCUCAUUGCCCAGACGCCCCUGUGGCUGCUGGGAAACACCGAGGCCACGCGGCUCAAACUCAUCAAUCACUUCCUGCCGCAGAAGAUGUCCCAGUGGUCCAACAGGUCCAAGUUCAUCCAGCAACGAGCGGAGACCUUCGACCAGUACGACACACUGAAGGACAUGGACAAAGCAGCUCAUCACUUUGCCAUCCUGUGGGCAGCGGUGGGGAACACGGCCCCCGCCACCUUCUGGUCCAUGUACUACCUGAUGAGUCACCCCGAGGCCCUGCAGACGGUCCGUCAGGAGAUCCAGGAUGUCCUGAACCAGAGCGGGGUCCAGAUCUGCUGUGAUAGGGACAUAGUCCUGAGCAGGGACCAGCUGGACCGGCUCCUGUACCUGGAGAGCGCCAUCAAUGAGAGCCUGCGUCUGUCCACAGCGUCCAUGAACAUCCGGGUGGUCGAGGAGGACUUCCACCUGAGGCUGGACUCAGAGCGGAGCGUGGCAGUCCGCAAGGGGGACAUCAUCGCCCUGUACCCGCAGAGUGUGCACAUGGACCCGGAGGUCUACGAAGACCCGCAGUCGUUCCGGUUCGACCGUUUCCUCGUGGACGGCAGAGAGAGGACGGACUUCUACAAAGACGGACAGAGGCUCAAGUUCUACCUGAUGCCGUUUGGAUCCGGAUCCACCAUGUGUCCCGGACGACACUUCGCCAUCAAUGAGAUCAAACAGUUCCUGUGUCUCCUGCUGGUCUACUUUGACCUGGACCUGGACCACCAACAGCGCACCACGCUGGACUGUAGCCGAGCUGGACUCGGGAUCCUGCAGCCCACUAAAGAUGUCCACUUCCGCUACAGGCUGAGGACCGCCACAGACCACCACAGUCCACCACAGACCACCACAGACUGAGGACCACCACAGUCCACUACAGACCACCACAGGUUGAGGACCACCACAGUCCACCACAGACCACCACAGGCU